AUUUAAAUGACAAUAAGCUAGAAUUGUUCAUAGUGUUACACACUUAUUAAAAAGUCCCAAAAAAGUCGACGAACUCUAAAACUGAGAAUGUGUAAAGCAUUAUCAAAUGUAUAUCGUGUAUCUUAUGCUUAAAUAAUAGCCACACAAACACACACCAUAGCAUCUCGCGCGCUCAUGCUAUUCAAAUUUCAAUCUUUUCGAGUGUUUUUUAUCGCUUAGACAAUAUUUUUUUUAAGCUUGUUUUGUGAAUUAAAAUUAAGAAUUUUCUAUAAACUCAGGAUGGGAAAUUAUUUGGGCAUUUCCCUAUUCAAUAAGCAUUCCAAUGCAUCACGUAAGAGGAGAAAUUCCAAUGAUAAUCACGAUGAUCAUGAGCCAAAAAGAUUUCGUUUGAAUACAAAUUGCGUAGUUGAAGAGCUUGGAAAGCCAGAUAUAACUUUAUUAGCGUUCGGUCGUGAGUGGCCUUGUCAUCGUAACAUUCUAAAUCAGAGUAAUUUUUUUCGGACCUUAACAAAUGCACCGUUUAAGGAGUCAAAAAUGAAUGAAAUCCAGCUACAUACUGAUGAUUUUCUAAUUACGGAAAAUUCUUUUAGUCAACUAAUUGAUGCAAUGUAUGAUCGUGAUGUUGAUCUCGUGCCUGAUGAAAUCUUUCAUCUUGUUGUUACUGCGCAAUAUUUUCAAAUGCACAACAUUGUUGAAUAUUGUGAGUCAAAGAUUAUCGAGAUGAUUCGAAGCUCAAAUUGUAUUGAUAUUUAUCAUUUUGCUGAUCGAUACUUUUUGAGUAAGACAAAAGAUUUUGUCUUUCAAUGGAUGUUACUCAGACUAUUUCCUGUCAAAUGUUGGGAUCAAUUGAAUUUCCUUACACUAGAGCUGGCUGAAAUGCUCAUUAAAAAUGCACGACUAGUUACGCCAAAUGAAAUGUACCUUUACUAUGUACUGAGAAUGCUCAUACAAAUUCAAAUGAAGAAUACGUGCAUGGAGGAGAAUGAACAAUUUUAUGGAGAAAUUCGAAGCCACAAUUUACCAUUUUUACUACGUAAGGAAGGCAAACAAUUCUCAAGUGUCUUUAAAACUUUAAGAUUGUGUAAUUUAGUUAUAAGAAAGGAGAAUGUUGAAAUAAUCAUAAAGGACAACAUAAUUCCUCGUAAUAUGAUUGAUAUGUGUAUUUUUCAAAAUUGGAUGUCAUUAAUAUCGAUUGAAUCGCCUGAUAAUUUUGGCCCAACACUAGAACUUGUCAAUGAAUGUGAGUUUGAGGAAUAUGCAAUGCGAUUUUCCAAAAUAAUCGAUAAGCCUGACUACCAUUCAUGGAAAUUUAUUGGCUUUUCAUUCGCAUUUGACUUGGCAAUGUUCUUCGAUGGACGUACGCUGAUUGUAAAGCGUGUUCAUCAGAUAAAUGAACAUAAAAUUUCACAUUCACACUUGUUGCGAAGGAUAAUGUUACGUUGGAAUAUAUCCGAAAUAAAUUCAUUGAAUAUUGAAAUGGAACAAAAAGAUAUUCAAACAGUGACAAUGACAACGAACGAGGAAGUGUGUCUGAAGCAGAUGCCAAAGGAGCCAAAAUAUCCAUGUCGUAUAAGCAUUGAAGUCUUAUUUCAUGUUCCAUAUAAAUCCAAUGACAGUGAUGUAAUGAUUGAUCGAAAAAAUGUGUCAUCGAAUAAUGUAUCAAUCUUAAAAUCGAGCAGCAUACCAUCGAAAGCUUUUCAGUCGUAUAAGAGAUUCUUCAGUUGAAAUAUUGGCAUGACAGAAUGGCAUAUAAAAAGGACGCUAAACGAAAUAUUUAUGAGGCUAAUUUCGCUCAUAUUUGAUUCUCAUCCAUUCAGUCGUGCGAACACAUAAAAACAAGUUAACAUGCUAACACAUUUUUGAUUGAUAUUUGAUGCUGCGCAGUUCCUAUUGUGAUACCAGUUUAAUAGAAGUUCUUAUUUUUAUAUGAUGAAUCAUUCUUCAUUGAAUUCAUAAAAAUCAAAGAUUUAUUAAAAAUCAUCUGUGCUAUUUUUAUUCUAUAAACUUCAUUAAUCAAUUGUGAAUCAAACAAAAUUAAUAAGUGCUAAUAAUAUUGUAGUUUUUAAGAACAAACCGAACUAUGUGGUGCCAAAUAAACAAACUCAUUAUUUACACAAAUAUGGAUAUCCCUCGAUGCACCUCAAUGAAUCUUAAAAAUUCUGGAAAAUUUAUUGAUUUAAGAAAUUUUUAAAGUUGGAUUGUUUUAGAUUUACAUUUGUCUUAUUUUACUGUUUAAGCGACAUGAAGCAAUAAAAAUAUUUUUUAACAGACUAUUUGACGC